AUGGUUUUGAGCCCAACUGCUGAAUUCCCUCCCAAAUUCAAAUUCAAAUUUAAACUUCUUGAGCCGGUUUCAGGCCGGACGCUAUGGACGCGGCCAAAUUGCCGCCGUCGUACUCGCUCAGGUCGAAGAAGUGAGAAGCGAUUACCCACCCUAUCGAAUCUGAAGGUGCGGAGAACUCCCAGGACCGACCCGAAUCCAUUGGGAGUGAAAAUGUCUGGGAAGCCGACGGAUUCCCCGAGGCGGUUGCGCAAUCUUUGCACGGCGAUGUCGAUCGAAGAAAUCAGGGAGGCGUACAUGGAGCUCCGGGGACGCAGAUCCGACCCAUGA